UAUAAGAGCACUAAACCCAUUGUGAGGGCACCACCCUUAGAAGCUAAUUACCUCAUAAAGGCUCUAUAUCCAAGUACCAUUACAUUAGAGAUUAGGGUUUGAUAGGGUUUGUCUGUGUCCCCAUUCUAAUUUCAACUUGAAUUGUAUCUCCCAAAAUUCCCAUGUCUUGUGGGAGGGAUACAGGCAGAGGUAAUUGACUUAUGGGGGGGCUGGUCUGUCCUGUGCUAUUCUCAUGAUAGUGAAUAAGUCUCAGGAGAUCUGAAGGGUUUAUCAGGCGUUUCCACUUUUGCUUCUCUUUCAUUUUCUCUUGCCAUCGCCAUGUAAAAUGUGCUUUUCACCUCCCACCAUGAUUGUGAGGCCUCCCAGCCAUGUGGAACUGUAAGUCCAAUUCAGCCUCUUUUUCUUCCCAGUCUUGGGUAUGUCUUUAUCAGCAGCAUGAAAACAGACUAAUAUACAGUUUCAACAUAUGAAUUUGGUGGGAGGGCAUAUUUAGUUCCCAGCAGUGAGGAUGCAGAAAAAGGAAGACGCUACACUUUGAAUUGGAAUUUAAACUCGUACAUUAGGCUUGUAAACUCUUCAGAGACUCAGAUAUGACUUGUGAGCCUUGUGACUUCUGAGAUGAAGGCUCUCUCACCAGUGGCCAAAGAAAAAACAGGGAAAUAUUUCCAUUGGAUAUCCUACUACAUGAUGAAUUUUCACAUUGAACAUUUAAUUUCACAUUUAAUUCCAUCGAGAAUUUGUUUUUAUCUUUCUUUUUUCCAAAUAAUUAGUUAGUUGUCCUAGUACCAUUUGUUGCAUGAUCUACAUUUUCACCAUGGAAAUAUGCCGUAAUAGCAUAUAAUGCAUUCCUAUAGAAACUCAGGUUUAUCCUGAGCUAUCUAUUUUGUUUAUUGUAUCAAGGAUAGUAAACCAGGGCCCCGUACCCCAUUUCAGACCUUCAGAUGUGUGUUUGGUCUUGUUUUGCUUUUGGUCGAAGUGCCUUUUAAAAUUGUGACUUUUCAUACCUUUAGGCAGCAGACAAAGUCAGGCCUAUCUUAGAGCAAGUUACUUGCCCAGAGCAUUUGAGGAUGCUUUCCUGGAGUGACACUAGCAACAUACCGUUUCAACACUUUCAUCUUAGAACACAUUUUGGUAUCUAGCAGUGGAUAGUCCCUCUCAUUCUUGUUUUGUGAUAAUUCUUUUCCUUUUUUUUUUUUUUUUUUUUUUUGAGACAGAGUCUCAUUCCGUCCCCAGGCGCCAGGCUGAAAUGCAGUGGCGCGACCUCCACUCACUGCAACCUCUGCCUCCCGGGCUUGAACAAUUCUCCUGCCUCAGCCUCAGCCUCCUGAGUAGCUGCGAUCACAGGCAUGCGCCACUAUGCCCAGCUAAUUUUUUUGUAUCUUUAGUAGAACAGGGUUUCACCAUAUUGGCCAGGAUGGUCUCUAUCUCUUGAUCUCAUGAUCUGCCCGCCUCGGCCUCCCAAAGUGCUGGAAUUAAAGGUGUGAGCCAAUGGUAGGGAGAUUCUGGACAAGCACCCAGCGGGAUUGGAGACUAGUGCAGAAGGUUGCACUGAGCCAAGGAUACGAAGCCUGGUCACAGUCCUCCCAUGUGGGGCCCAGGUCUUAUUUACCCCCCUCAAAAACUCUUUCUCAUUUCACUGGCUAGUGAUUUUGCUUUCUUUGGAAAAUCUAUUGCACUGCCCCACCCAGAGACUUCCAAAACUGAAUGGACUCCAGUGACGAUGUUAAAUCAGCCCCCACCUCAUUCCUUUUGAAUUAGAAUCUAUGCGGCUGGGUCCUGGCAUCUGUAUCUUAAUCUUCCUAGUUGAGAACCUUAGUCAGAAAGGCUGGUAUUUGCAAAGUACUUCUCUUGUCUUCCUUGUUUCCUUUUUUAAUUACUUUGCUGGGAUUUGGGGGUCUGAAUUGGUCACCCAGGCAGGAGUACAGGGGCUCAUUGCAGCCUGGAACUCUUAGACUCAAGCGAUCCUCCAAACUCAGCCUCCAAACUAACUGGGACUACAGGUGUAUGCCACCACACCAGCCUAAUUUUAAAAUUUUUUGUAGGGAAGGAUUCUCACUGAGUUACCCAGGCUGGUCUCCAACUCCUGGGUUCAAGUGACUCCCCAGCCUCGGACUCCGAAAGUGUAGGGACGACAGGCAUGAGCCACCAUGCCCAGCCAGUCAAGCCCUGCUCUUUCACUUUAAUGAUAUUUUUGGUGCAUACCUACAGCCAGUGUUGUAUUAAACUGCACUAUUGGAGAAAAAGCGAAGGGGAGAAGUGAUAGUUUUGCUUUUCCCUGAACAUAUAUGAGAUAAAACCAGGGCUGUUUUUGGACAAUGUGUCGACAUAAUUGAAGAUGGGUACUGCCUGAUGGUAGCCUGUCUACAGAAGGUACCUAGAACACAGAGGAAUAUGCAAACUGGCUUGAAGAGCGAUUCAUCAGAACUUUUCCUGGUACAGAGGAGAAACUCCAAUGACAACAGAAUAUUGAUCUUCUAACAUUUGAAAGCCUGUUAAAUAGGAGAGAAAGUGUUUUCUAUUUUGUUACAGAAGGAUCCAACCAGCUCUGAUGGUUGAAAUCAUCAUGAAUGCAAAUGCCAGCUCAGUUCAACAAGAGGAGAGAUUCCUAACUAUUGGACUUCCACAGAGACGGGAUCUGCUUCCUCAUUCAGUUCUGCCUUUCCCAUCAGCGAGAGACUCCUCAGAGACCAGGACCAAUUAGGAAGCUGUGCCAGAACUCACGAGUUCUUUGGAUGGUAUCUGAGGCGGAAUUCAGCUCUUAUAUUUUAUUUUUUACUAAAAAGAUAUUUUUGAGACUGUGUCUUACUCUGUCAUCCAGGCUAGUGUGCAGUGGUGCAAUCAUAGCUCACUGCAGCCUCAAACACCAGGACUUAAGGGAUCCUCCUGCCUCAGACUCCCAGAUAGGUGGGACCUCAGGGGUCUGCCAUGAUUACUGAUUACUUUGUUGAUAUUUUGUAGAGAUGAGGUCUUGCUAUGUUGCCCUGACUAAUCUUGAGCUCCUAACCACAAGUGAUGCUCCUGCCUCCGCCUCCCAAAGGGCUGAGAUUAUAAGCGAGAGCACCUGGGCCUUGCUGAGAUUUUUCUACUUAGUCUUUUACUACAAAGGAUAUUUAAUUCACAGAAUAUAUAAAUGGUAGGAAAAUGUCUGGGUCAAGUGACAUUUAUAAUAUUGUAACUGUUGAUAUAUAGACCAGAGUCCUUACCUGAACUGGAAGGGCAGGCUUUAGGUGAUUCAUGGAUGGACUAAAACUGUGGACACCGUUGGAAAUAUGUGUGAACCCACUGACAGUUUCCUAUGAUUUUCAGUCCUCAAAGUGUCUCUUGGACUCAAAGAUGCCUCAGAGUAAAGGAUGUGUGUUCCCCUAGUAUAGGAACAAGGACAGUGAAUACCUGUACACAUUCAGCAAAAAAGCUUUGCCAAACUGAGUGCUUUGAUGUAACGGUUUCAUUCAACAAGUCAAAGUACCCAGGAUCUCUUGGACAUGAUAAUCUCACUCUUGGAAGGUCUCAUCAUUCUGCUUACCUUAAAUAUCCUUGCCACCUUCCACCCUCUCUUACCAGGCUGGACUGUGAAAUGGGAAGGAAGAGCAGGGAGAGCCCAACACCCCUCCAGUUGAGAGUAGAGAGGACACAGCCACCGCUGAGACAGGGAAAAGAGGAAUGGGGAGACCCUGAGAAUGCUUUUGGACAAUGCUCAGGUUGCAGCAUUACCAGGAGAUACCCUUCACCCCAGAUCUCAAAGAGAAGAGAUCAGAAUGGCAGUUACAUGUGUUUUUCUUCAAACGGGUUGCCAGGUUGGAAUGGCCAAUGACAUCAGAGAUUCCAACCUUCCUGAUUGGACAGACCGAACUCUGGGCACCUGGGAACUCAGUCCCCUGGGUAGAUCCCAGCCCCUGGCCUCAAUCCCUUGGCAUCAAAAGGAGGAGGGAAUUGUCAGACGAAUCAGAAUGGUCAGACGAAUCCAAGGAGGAGACGGAGGAGGGGCUGAACUUGGAGCGCAGCCCUGAGCCCAAGGACAUCUGGGUGGUGGAGACCUUGUCUGAAGAUGGACUCAAGAUGAGGCUGAAGAGAAAGCGAGUGUCCUCCAUGCUCCCUGAGCACCACCAGGCCUUCAACAGGCUGCUGGAGGAUCCUGUCAUUCGAAAAUUCCUGGCCUGGGACAAAGAUCUGAGGGUUUCCGACAAGGAAGGACCACUCUCUCAGAGACCCUUGUUCCAUAAGCUUCGAUACCAGUUCCUCUGUUCCAUGCUCUGGAGGACGUGGGUUUCCCCAGAGGAGAUGGAGGAGAUAGGUGGGGCCAUAAGGAGGUGGGGGUGA